CCAAGAGAUGUCCCCGUCCCUCUGUAUUCCCAGGAUUCCACACAGGAAGGUCCACACCAUCCCUCCACCAUCAUCAGGCAGAAUGGAUCCAGUAAUGGGAACCCACUAGAGAUAAUUCCCAAGUCUCUCUAUGUUCUUCAGGAUCCCACACACAGAUGAUCACACAAUCCCUCACAUGAUUCAGAGUGGGAAAUUUUGCACAAUAAUUCCAAAUUACAAAAAAGAAGAUAUUAAAGAGGAAGAAGAGGAGGAGGAGGGUGGUUACAGAGGGAGUAUGGGACCUGUUGUAGAAGGACACAAGGAAUCCUCUACAAGGGCCUCAUGAUGGACAAUCCAGCGCCCUCACAUCACUGGUAAGAGGAGACUUUUUUGU